AUGAAUGAUCAGUUCUGCAUUAAUAUUCAGAGGGGCGGGAUUGCGCAGGCGCACUGCAUGCUUGUUAUAAACCCUGUAGGCGGUGUGGUCUGGUUAGCAGUGCUGAUUAGUCAGAGUUCCAGCGCUCUGAGUGCGCCGCCACUGCAGCUGCUUUCUCCGCCUCCUGCGUGUGAGUGGACCGGGAUACAUUGUAACCAGAGGUGAGUUCCAAACACUGAGCUUCCAGUCCGGGGCGUUCUAUUGGGCGACCGGCCGGCAGAUUCUACUGCCUGGUCCCACGUGGGGGUCUGUGCUUACUGGGUUCCGUUGUAGCCCUUGCCGUAUGAUCUAUCUAGAGGACAUAUGGCAAUCACUCUAUAGCAUAGCGUGGGGGGGGAUGUGAAGCACGUGUGAUGUGAGCCCCCACGUAUGUGAUAAGACGAAUGCUGUAAUAUUCACCCCGAGAGUUUUCUUGACUUCCUCACCCCAUCCAAGGUGUGUGUUUGUGUAACGGAGAUCAGGCUCAGAUCGACUCUAGUCUAGAUCCUCGUAGCUGAGGAUUGUCUUCCUAUGUAGUUGUAGUGGGCCAUGCUCAUUGCCCUUCUCUCUCCCACACCCCGUGUAUUUUAUUUACUUUAAAGCAUGCAGGUCUUGGUAGUCGUAUUGAAUUGUGGGCUUCUGCUUUUCUUCUAAUAUAGGAAUCCAUAUUGCUUAGUGAUCUUGCUACGUAAUCGUGAGCUCUUCGUGAUGUAUAUUUUGUGUAUGUGGUUAAAUAUCCCAUGGUGUACAGCAGCUGUCGUCAGAUGUGACUACCAGCCUGGUCACACGUGGCUACCACUCUUGCUCAAUUGCCAUAAACUGCAUGCAUAUGAUUAUUGGCUUUCUAAUUCCCUCACCAGAAUGUAUGGAGGGAGGGGGUGGGGGGAGUGAGAGAGGUUAUCAGAGGACUAAUGGAGGGCAGGGGCAGCGUAAAAUGUACUCUGGGUAAUUAAAUGCGCUUUAUAUUUUUGGGAUCUUGUAAUAUAGUGUGCAUACUAAAACAUUUUUUUUUUUUUUGACCAUGAACUUAUACUAGAAUGAACUUAGGUUUUUUUUUUUUUUUUACUGUAAUGUUUAACAAAAUUGUGCAAACCCUUUUUAUUUUUAACUGUAGUUUUUGAACCAAGAUUUAUUUAUUUUUUGCUAACUCAGUAGUUUUGUAUUCCACAUACGUUUAUAUCUACUUGAUCAUUGUUAUCUUGUACUGUUCUGGAGUGCAACAAGCAGACUGAUGUUUUGUCUCUGGCAAUGUGAGUGUUAAAGUGGAAAGUUCUCACAACGGUGUGACAAGGCAUUGCCAGUUCACACAAUGAUGUGUUAAUUGCUGCUAUUGCAGUAUGCCCCUAUUCUCCUCUCAAUUUGUCCAAUGGUAAAGUGACCUUGAAAUCUUAAGACCUGGCAGUUGUAAGGACCCAUUCAAGGUGCAAUCCCUGAACUAAUCCCCAAAAUAAUUAAAACGUAUUUGGUACCCUGGGGAUCAGAAAAUGGCUAAGAAUGUCCUUCUUUCCUCAGUUAUGUUUUCUAUCGAAAACUUGAAUGUGCCUGUGUAAGAUUCUUUAUCUAUUUAAUUAUAAUUUUGAGAAAAAGGACUCUCGAUACAGGUGAUUAAACUGUGUGUUCAAAGGUCUGUAAAAUCACCCCUUAGCUCGUCUUCUUUAUUCCGAGUUGGGUUUAACUGUUCCUUAGAAGGUGUGUGCGUGCUGCUGCAUCACUGGGUUAUGGAAAAGCGUCUUGGUAACUUGGCAACAGUCAGUGUGUGCUACUAGAAUUCUGCUAAUACUGGGGACUGGCUGCAGUUGUUUAACUCUUAGCGGCCUCUAGUGUAGCCAACAGUGACUUUUUUUCUUCUUCUUCUUCGAAGCCAGUGUGACUUAAAUGUAGCUGUAUAUUAAGGACCUGUGACUUAAUGCUCUUCAAUUGUCUGUUUUAAUUGAUAUAUUUUUUUUUUUAUCAACUAUCUUUUUGCUGUGCAAUGAGUUUAAUUUUUUUUGUUCCAUUGCUGUCCUUUCCUGUGACCUGUGCUUAACCUCCUGUCCACUAUUGGAUAUGAUGAGUCCCAUGCAAAACAUUUGAAAAUACAAUUUGUUUAACUGAGAACAGUGUGGCCUACUCUUACCAUUUCCCUUUCAAGGCAAGAACUAAAGAUGCAUAAAAAUGUGUAGACCUUGAUGGACAGUCUUAUUUAAACCUAAAUUACUAUACAAUUACGUUCUGCAUUUGCUUUACAAACACAAAGAACAUGCAUUUCUAAGUAAAGCUAAAGAGCUAUACAAAAUACAGUUAAAGGAACAGCGCUCACAUAGUUUAAAAUUUUACAAGGCUACUUUAAAAUUUUUCCCUUUUUGGGGGGGAAGGGGGGUAAACCAAUAUGGGGCUCCAGUUACAUCAUAUGGCCAUAUUGUGUUAAGCCAGUCACUGCUUAAAGGCUUGUCAUAUGAAAUUUUUUUAUUUUAUUUUUUUCAAAGGUUGUCUAGUUGCUAGUGGAGCCCAACAAAAAUGUGCAAAGGUAUCUCUAAAUCCUCUGUCCAGUGCAUAGGCAUGUCAUGCUGUAAAAUCAUUACCCUUUUUGCAGUGUGGGCAUCUAUGUGAGCCAGUCAACUCUGCACACUGACACUCCUUUCUGCAUAGGACUGUAACACUUUGCUGAGACACUGCAUAACUGGGUGGGAUGUAGUGCGGCUGGCAGCCUGAAUCCUGUGCAGGUAUUUGCUGAAGUUCACGGGAGACUCCAUCAAGCAGACUGAAUAAGGUGACUAUGAUGUAGCUGACAAGGGAUGGUAACACUGCGUGUUAGUUGCAGGAGUUCUGAUUCUGCUACCUGCCUCGCUCAGUCAGCCUCAUGUUGUCUACUGUGAACUUCAGCCAGUCUUAACUCUGCUUUCUUGGGUUUAUGUGGAAGCCAACCAGGCGGAGAGGCUGUACCCAGGGGCAUAACUAGAAAUAAGUGUUCCGGUGCAAGAAUAAAGUGGCUCUCCUUAUGCUCACUUGUAAACUUACAUUGACUUACGCAUAGAAUUGCAGUAAUUGACACUUUCAAUUUCACACUCUCACACAGAACUACAGUGUCAUUGGUCAACAGUUUAAAAAAAACUUUCACUGACCAACAUUCUUACAAAUGAAAUCUUGUUCUAGCUUUUGUGAGAGCUGAUGUUGUUGGUCCCCUCACUUGUGUGGGACUGUUUGAAUCUUCCUCACUGCACAGCUGUUUAGUAAUGUCAGGACUUAAAUGACUUUACACAAUGCUUCAAAAAAACCCUUAAUUUGGUUUUAGAAGAUGCUGAACGUCCUUGUGCAAAGCAUGACGUUGGUAUUUUAACUCAGUUGAGCUCCAUGAAAAUACAGUAAGUGCCUCAGGUGGGAGGUUUGGUUAGAGGCAAUCUUGCCACUCGUUUGCAAAAAAUUACAAUUUUAAAUAAACUGCUUAUUACAUUGCAACACGGUAUGCAGCUGGGACACUUAAUCCCGGUCCCAUCAAUGGUCUGAGUGCCUUAUGUGUAACUCUACAAUACUUUAAAGGGUCUCUUUACUUGUUGGUGUGUAUAUACGAAAGGUGACUGUUCAAAAUGGUGGUUUGACACAUUAAAUGAACACCCAAGCAUCAUAUCAACUACAGUUUUCUGUAGUGGGUAUGGUGCCAGAAUUGCUCUUGUUGCGCUCCCCCUUUCACCCCAGUAUAAGUAGUAAAAAUGGCUUUUGUAUUUGUUUGACUUCUCAUUUGCAGUCCUUAAAUGUCAAGUGUUUAAUCUUGCUGUAGUGUGUUGCUAAUAUUUGCUAUGGAAGACUUCACUGAUUCGUUCUUGACCAAGGUUUCUUAAAUCUUAAAAGAAGUUUAGAAACUCAAACUCUGUUUUGUCAAACCACAGUGACCAGUGCUAAACAAAAUGCGAACUACAGCAACUGCCAAAAGUCCAAUUGAAAACUGAGAUUGCUACAUAUUACCUUAUGUAGCAAAGGCAGGAGAAUGACACACAAUUUGAACAUAUUCAGAACAAAGAAUAGCAGGUGUGUGUGUAUAUUUUGGAACUCUUUAAGGCAGACCGUCAAAAUUAAGUGAGCUUUGCAUUCUGUGUCCUAUAGAAUAAGGUUAGUUAUUUGUAAGAAAAAAUUUCAAAGGGCCCUGUGCUUACCUCAUGUUAUCAUGUCCGUUGUUUGUCGCACCCCUUUAAAAAAAACAACCAUGAAUUCUGCCUCACAGCAAGAAGAAAAAUCCAUUUUUUUUUUCCUUUUAAAUCUUUUUUUUAAUUUUUCUUUUUGCUAGUAAAACAAACCCACAGCCCCUGCCCCAGUUACUUGACUAUGGUGUUAUUUGUUUUUCUAUUCCCUCUUCUGGUAUAGUGUUAAUUAUUGCCACUGUUUAAUGCAGAUUACAAGUGAUUAUACAGAAAUGUUACAUUGGGACAUGUUGGUAGUUACCAGUAUGUUACAGCAGGCAAAUAGUGAUGAAAGCUAAAUGAGUCAGAUUGGCAUCACUGGGAAAAAGCGCUGUGCUGUGUUCAUCUUUUCUUCCUGACUGCAUCAUAAAUAUGCAAAAAGACAGUUUCCUAAACUGAAUGGGCGGGGUUGCUCUGAGGCACGUCUGACACGUACUAAUGUGCAACACACACCGGUCGGUGUCUAGUAACCACAAAUACUAGUUUUAUGACUGAACCCACAAACCAAAUCUCUAGUUCAUUGAGAAAUCUCAGGGGAUAAAUGCUGUUCUGCUUAACUCCUCACACACAAUCAAUUCUAUUUUUAUACGGCCGGUGACAUGGUUAUGGUAAAUUUUCUGUUCUCUUCCUAAAUAGUUUCAGUGAUUGUGCUCACUACGUAAUCUUUGUCUGACCCCAGCAGUGUGACUGAAGUGUGCUUUAAUCUCUUCUCUGGUUUUUUUUUCCACUUCAUCCUUUUUAUGCCACUGUUUUCUCAAUUAGUCUCCCCCUUGACACUUUAUUUAUAUUUCCAACUUUAUUUCCUUGUGCUGGAUGUCAAUAUCUAACCCAUGAUGUCUGCUGUUUGCUCUUCUGUAGGACUGAUUGUAUUGAUUUGUGAGUAAAAUCUGAUUAGCAGUUGAAUCAAUACCUUCUUUUAAGCUCCAUCCAUGUCUUGUCAACUGGACUUCUAUAAAUAAGGAAAAGUAGUCUAGUAUGUGUAUACACACGCGCACUCACGGUCUUUCAAUACAAAAACUUUUUUUUUAUUUCAGCAAAUCGACGUUUCGGUCCGCAUUGGGACCUUCCUCAGGACAAAGUGAUUAUAUUUUUUUUUUUGUGUGUAUCCUUUCCCACAAAAUUCUUGGUCCACUGAUUUUUCUUUAGUCUUCCAUCCAAUGAGUAUUCUUUAGAAAUAAUUACCUUAAAAGGGCACUAUAGAACAUCAUAAUGUUUUGAAUACAAACCUGUAUUCCAAAUACUAAUAUUUAGAUGUGACUCCUUGUCACAAGCAGAUUUACUUUUUAUUUUGUCUUUUUUUUUUUUUUUCAUUACUACGAUUUAUAAAGUGCCAACAGACUCCGCAGCACUGUACAAUUAGCGGAGAAAUAUACACAGACAAAUACAAGAGGUAAAGAGAGCCCUGCCCGUAAGCUGAUAUCUAGCCAUUGGAGCUCUUUUUUUUUUUUCUAUACAACGUGCUUGGCUAGAUGGCCUGUGAGCUUACAUUGGCAUGUUGUCUAUACAGUCGCCCUGACUUCCUGGCAGACAACCUUGAUCAUCUUUUCGAAUCCAAUGCUUUACUAUUGGGAGACUAAAGUGCUUCUUGUGGACAAAUGCUGCAUCUCAUCAUAGACCUAUGUUACUAUGCAGAUACACAAAAUGCUUUGGACAGGUGGACUUAGCAGCAGAAUUUAUAUUGCUGAGCCUGCAGGGACAAGCUAUAGGCCACUGAACUACUACAUUAAAUGGUGCCUAUAGUUCUAGAAAUAACAUGGUUAUUUUAAGAAUAGGUUUUCUUCUGUCCACUUGUUUGCAUUUAAAAAUGUGCUAGGGAUGCACCAAAAUUUAAUCUGAAUCUGCCAAAAUUACACCUUCCCCUGCCUGCGGUACUGCGCUAGCACCCUUCAGCUCCCUCUCUAUCAUGUCCUCUCCUGAUCUCUCUCCACCCAUCUUGAACAGUGUCUGUUCCUCUCUCUGCGAUUUCCAACUGGAUGGUUGAUCACUUCCUUAAAUUAGACCUGUCCAAAACAACUGGUCUUCCUCCAAUUCAACUGUGCUACUAUCUCCUCUACUUUGCAGGCUUGAUGCCUGGGUGUUUUCGACUCCAACCAUUCCCUCGCCCCUCAUGUCCAAUUGUCAAACCCUGUUGCUUCUAUCUCAAAAACAUAGCACGCAUCCACCCCUAUUUAACCACUGUGGCUACGGUGCUGAUCCAUGCUGAUCUCUCUCGCCUUGACUACUGUAAUACCCUUCUCAGUGGUCUUGCGUGUUCCCAGAUUGCACCGCUGCAAUCUAUAAUAAAUGCGACGGCAAGGCUCAUUUUCCUGUCCGCUCGCGCCUCACUGCUCAGUCCCUGCAUUGGCUUCCAGUUAGAUAUAGGGCUCAAUUUAAAAUUCUGGUGCUUGCUUACAAGUCCCUACAUAGUGCUGCUCCUACCUAUCCUCCCUAAUACACAAGUAUGUCCCUUCGUGGCCACUACGCUCUGUCCGUACUCCCACCUCUAAUGCUCGCCUCCAAGAUUUCUCCAGGGCUGCACCUCUUCUAUGGAACUCCCUUCCCAUCUCCGUAAGACUUUCACCCAGUCUCCACUAAUUCAAAAAUAACAUUGAAAAUUCACUUUAAGAAAGCAGAUCAGUUAAACGGUUAGCAGGGUUUCCCCCUCAUGACUCCUGUCCUGCAACUGUCAAAAACUACCUACUAAGCCCUCAGUGAAUACUUUUCUAACAACCUACUUCAUACCCCUACUUUUACACUUUGUCACUAUACCCUACUCCCUCUAGAAUGUAAGCUCAUUGAGCAGGGCCCUCCACCUCUGUUCCUGUAUGUCCAGUUGUCUGGUUACAACUACAUGUCAGUUAGUCCACCUAUUGUACAGCGCUACGGAAUCUGAUGGUGCUUUAUUAAAAAUUGUUAUAAAAACACUGUUAAUAUGGAUAUUAUAAUACCCACCUCACUGGGUGUCUUAGCCCUUUAUCCACUCACUCUCCUUUCUCCAGUGUCCUCAGUGAAGCCACUUCGGGUUUGUCUCUGGAGCACAAUGCCUGCACUCACUACAGAUGCAAACUCUUUCACUAUUAUAGAACACUGAUGUCACCGCAAGUGGGUGUUAGAGUGGCCAUUUUGGAUGAGGGCAGGCAUAAUAUUAAACUCUGCAGAGUGUGAGAUCUGUUUGGCAGUGUUGUUGGUUAAAGAAAGCUGCAGAGUCAGUGCUUUGUAACACAUGGACUGAGUGUGAGUGAGGCUGGAAAGGUUCAUUACAGACAGGAGACUGUAUUCUACACCCACAUAUCUAUAUUAUAAACAAACUGCAAUAAACAAUUUGUUUUAAAAUGUUAAAUCUGAUUCUGUUGCAUAAAACUGAAUGAAGAAUGUAUAUUGAUAUUAAACUAAUAUCAACAAUAUAUUCUUUAGUCCUUGAUAACAGAUUUGUAUUUAUAUUUUCUUUUUUAGUUUUUAAAUAAUUUUGGGGGGGGGGAAAGUCACUCUCAGCCAAGGGCAUCCUGAAUUUUCAUUUCGGUGCAUCCCUAAAAUGUGUGUAUCCUCGCUUCGUUUCCUGUGCCAAGACUCCUCUGCUUCUGCAGCAGCCUGCUCUCCCUUCAGAUGACUGCACGCAUGUUGACAUACAUCUUUGCAAUCUCCUCAAAUCCAUUGUUUUUCAUACAUGCACAGCCAAAUGCUGCAUGCCUUCAAUCAAAUACUGCUGUGAGGAGCAUUUAGGUAACACUCUCUAUUAUGGUCUGGAAGAGGAAGUGUGUUCAGUAGCAAUGCUUUACAUGUUCCUGACCCCAUAGUGUUCCUUUAAGCCUGCAAUAUAAAGACACAAUCUAGCCUCUCCUUUAUCACAAAAUAUAGUAAAAUCUUGCCUUUAUUCCAGUCGGCUCCCUCCUUGGCUGACUUUAUCAGAAGAGGUGAUUUGUGGUAAUCAAAUGCCUUCCUGUAGGAAAGAAUAGGAUUGGCUGAGACUGUUAAGGAGGCAGAUCCAGCACAAGCCUAAGACAGCCAUGGCCAAUCGUCAUCUCUUCACAGAGAUGCAUUGCAUCAAUGUGGAAAGUUCAUGGCCUCUAUGCAGAGGUUGGUGGAGACAUUGAAUGGCAGUCACUGUGCCACGCUGCCCCAGGAAGUGCCUUUAGCAGCCAUCUGAGGAGUGGCCAGAGGAGGUAUCCCCAGGCUGUAAUGUAAACUCUCAUUUAUUUUAUUUUUUCCUUUGAAAAGACAAAUUCGAAAAGCUUGAAAGGAAUGAUUACACUCACCAGAACAAAUACCAUAAGCUGUCGUUCUGGUGACAAGUUUCCCUCUUAUUAGCAGGCAUCUCACAGGAUCUGACUGACUUGCUGUUAAUGUCUAAAUGCGCUUUCCAUACAUGAAGAAUUGUGUUCACCCCCUACUCUUACUCAAUAUUCCCUCGGGUACAAAAAUGUUUAGUCACAACAGACCUGCAGUGUAAGCAUAUUGCAUUGGGACAUUGUCUAGCAGACAAGGUUAUAGCUCUGUUCUGGCUCUGCCACUGGCACUUAAAAUAAUGUGUUGCACUAGAAAGCACUGACAAUUCUAGUGCCUUGUCAAAAUGAGCAGAGCAAGGGCAUGACCCAAUCUAAUAUUUCCAAUGAGUCUUGAAUACCUCUGAGAUAAAUGCUGUCUCAUUUAAAGCACAUGACUUUGUAAUGUGAUCAAUGGGAGGACUAGUUAACAUACGAUUUUUGUCUUGCCUUUCCGUGUGUUGAAAUCAACCUUGAAUUUGAACUUCAAAGUACAAUGUCCUAUCUCAAAAUAAUUCUACAUUGGAAAUGUAAACUUUUUUUUUAUUGUUGCAUGUAAAGGUUUUCAGCUUAAAUGGCUUAUUGAACUUGCUGCAGUUUAGAUUCCUCAAACACCGUACAGCAAAUAAACUUAGUGUUCCAAUAGAACAAUCUUAUUGCUGUAUAAGAUGAGAAAAUAGGGGGGGAGCCAAAACUAGAGGAGAUGGUGUUGAAUUGGAGUGGUCGUAAUGUAAAAAAUGGGCAAAUAUUGUGAAUUGUAUAAAGGCCUACUCUUGGCCAAGCCUUAAAUAGUUCAUUGAUUAUAAGCUACUUUUUUUUUUUAUUUUUUUUUUUAUUUUUUUAUUUAUUGUGAUCAGCUAACUUCUGUGUUGCUUAAUGUUCUAAUAUCCCAUGUAUUAUCAAAUGUCUCAUCCUAUUAAACCAAAACCAUAAGUCUUAAAAUGCAGUUAUAUAUUUUUUUUAAUUACAUUUUUUUUUUUUUUCUCCUCAGGAUUUUGAAGAAAAGGCUUCCACUCUCGAAAAUGGCACCAGCAGUUGGAGGCCCAGUUGGUUACACCCCACCUGAAGGGGGCUGGGGCUGGGCAGUUGUUGUAGGAGCAUUUGUUUCCAUUGGUUUUUCUUAUGCUUUCCCAAAAUCCAUCACUGUAUUCUUCAAAGAGAUUGAAGUUAUCUUUGGAGCCACAAGUAGUGAAGUGUCAUGGAUCUCCUCAAUCAUGCUGGCCGUGAUGUAUGCUGGAGGUAAGGCCUACUGUCAAUCACAGGUGCACACUUACGGCACCUCUUACAAAACCAUAAUUUUGCAGUUGAAGCAGAUGCAUAGCCCUAUGGGUGUACUUGUGUACAAAUGACUUGCUACUUGCAAUAUAGACAUUUAAAUCCACUGUCCUAAAUAUGGGGCUGGCAUUAAAGGUAGGGAAAGCUAAAUACUAGCCAAGUAAAAACCAUGUUAAGAUGGUGGUUGAUGAGGUGACUACUGUAAAAUUAACCCCUUCAGGACUGCUCACGGUUCUGAACUGUCAUAGCGAAAAACUGGCUGCGGAAAGCUAUCAAAGAUCGCUCCCGCCGGUAUAACACUGUAAAUAUCUGCCAGACACCCCAGGCAGAUAGUAACAGCCAAUUGCGGUGUGUGUGUGUGUGAUAUCCGCGAUCACUCACAAUUGGCUGCUGUCAAAGUGGGUGUUACACUCACUUUGACAGUGAUCUCUGCCCCUCUCUCCUCUGUAGCAUUUUGUGAGGCGAGAGAGACAGAGAUUGUGAUAGUUUGUUGCAGCAGUGUUCAGUGACCAUCAGAAAGUAUCAGUAUUUUAUAAAAAAAAAUCACUUUUUAAUACCAUUCCCUGCCAGAUCGGUUACAGUGGUGCAUUUGUACUGUCUGUAUUUAUUUAUUUAUUGCCCUUACAGGGGUUAAAUAUAAUUUUAAAAAUCCUGUGUCUUGGUCUCUUUCCUUCUCCCAAAUCUCCAUUAGAUUUUUGUGACAGGAGUUAGUUUAGUCUGUUUUAGUGGGGGGGGGGGAAUAUAAAAAAAAAAUUAGUGUGUUUUAAUUUGUUUAGUAGUGUGUAAAACAUGCAGUGUAUGUAUAACUUGCAGGAGGCAUAUGCCUUCUUGGCGUCAGACUCUGACGCCACUGACACUGCUAUGCCGAAUGUGGAGGAGGACUGGGUACCUCCACAGUUAGCCGAGCCCAACGUCCCACCUUUUUAGUGCCAACGCAGGCAUUAAUGUUAAUGUGGGUGGCUUCUCCCCAAUGCAGUAUGUAGAACUAUUUUUAGGGGAUACCAUCUGGGAGGAGAUUCCUUCCCAGACUAACUUGUAUGCUACCCAAUUUAUUGAUAACAAUCCAGGUAGCUAUACAGUCAGGGAGCGUGACUGGCAUCCCACAGAUGUCCCAGAGCUUAAAUUCUGGGCUCUUACAAUGCUCAUGGGAUUAUAAAGAAGCCAUCAAUUCGCUCAUACUGGAGCACCAACCCAAUAAUGUCUAGUCCAGUAUUCUCCCAAACCAUGCCUAGAGCCAGAUACGAGUUACUUCUGAGAUUACAUUUCAGUGACAAUACCCUCUAUCACCCCCAAUACGAUGGGCUUCAUAAAAUACGCCCACUGCUAGACAAUUUUCAGGACAAAUUUUUGGAUGUUUAAACCCCCAACAAAAUUUAUCCAUAGAUGAAUUGCUUAUGAAAUACAAAGGGAAGUUAGGGUUCAGACAAUACAUCCCCUCAAAGCGCUCUAGAUAUGGCAUAAAACUGUACAAACUGUGCGAGAGCAAAAGUGGAUACACGUUUGCCUUUCGUGUAUAUGAGGGGAAAGAUGGUCAACUGGACCCUCCUGGCUGUCCUGACUCCCUGGGGACAAGUGGGAAACUUGUAUGGGACCUACUAAACCCCUUGUUUAAUAAAGGUUACCACAUUUAUGUGGAUAAUUUUUAUAGUAGUGUCCGUCUGUUUAAAACACGUUAUAGUUUAGACACUGGCCUGCGGCACUGCCAGAAAAAAUGCCAAAGACUUUCCACGAUCUCUCAUUAUGGCAAAAUUAAAAAAAGCGAAUGUAAAGCAUUUCCAAAGCUGAAGUGCUUGCAUUAAAAUUUAGGGACAGGAAGAAUGUCAACAUGCUAACCACCAUCCAUGACGAAUGCAUGUCAGACGUCCCUGUCCGGGGCAGAGUAGAGUCCAAACUGGUUUGCCUCAGGGCGUAUAAUAAGUACAGGGGGAGGAUCUGCAAGAAAGGUAAGUAACAGCUUUCUGCAGGCCCCCCCAAGACUGCCAGACUUGUAACGAGCCUGGCGACCUUAGGAGGUAAUAUCGGUAUCUAUAUUUGCCAAUACAGAUACUGCCGAAAAUGCCAAAUCGGCUUUUUUUUUUUUUGUUUAAACCAAUAAUCGGUCGAUCCUUAGUUAGAAGUCCCAAACACUUUGACAGAUUUGGAACAGAUAAAUUUUAUUUACAUAAGCAAGGAAUUGUCUUUCCAAAAAUCACUGUCUACUAUAAAGCAAUCUGUUUUAUAUUAAAUGUAGUGGUUCUGGUGACUAUAGUAUUUCCCUGCCUUUUUUUUUGUUUUUUUUUGUUUAUGUAAAUGCUGCCUUUUCACAUAAAGGGCAGGAUUUAUAAACUGUCAUUUUUUUUUUUUUUUUUUAUGGGAUACUUUUCACCCAUAAAGCACUUCAGCAAGCUUCCACUCAUUCCAGCUCCUAAAACACUGUUCACAGAAUCUUGCUGCUCUAUAAUUCCCACCACUUUAGUCAAGUUAUGACACAUGGAACAGCAGGAAGUGAUGCUUGUCUUUGAUUACUGUACAGAGUGAGGGAUAUUAACGUUGGGUACAACUAAUAUUUUUUUUUUUUUUUUAAUUCUUUAUUUUAGCCGUGUAGUGUUAAGUACAAGCUUUCGUAUUGACUUAUAACAAGAGGUGUGAAGACCAUGUUUAAACAAGUAAGGUCAAGAUGUACUGCACUUUUCUUUAAAAAAAAUAAAGUAUUCACAUUAGGCCAAUACAUUAAUAGUAAGGUCAUAGAAACAUGCAAAAUACAAGUAGCUUAAACUCCAGGCCUGCCCAGGUAGGCCUCUGAGCAGAAUAUAGUUGUUGCUUUGGAUAUGGGUCCGGACUAAACAGUGCGCUUCCAGCUUGUUUAGUGAUCUGUAUGUAGCUCAGGGUCUCGUUUGGCAGCAUUUUCUAUCAGACAUAGCUUGGUUUUUGUAGCUCGGUUUAGCAGGAGCCUGGGAGAAACAUGUCCAGCCGGCUCGGACACCAGGCCCCACCCCCCGGGUACAACUAUUAUAAAGGAAGAAUUAAAAAAAUAAAAAUUGGCUUCUUUAGUAGGUUAUUUACAUUUUAUAUAGCGCGAACAGAUUCCAUAGCACUUGGGUUGAAAGAAUAGUGAAAAUCAACAAGUGAGUGGAGAUUAGGUGCUGUGUAUUUAGAGUCAAUAAUAACCAGGCUUUUAAGUGAAGUGGACACUGACCAUCCAGCAAGCCUAGUGUCUAAAGCAAAAAUCUUUACUAUAAAAUAACUGAUGUGCAUUGCCUUUAUCCUAUUAUCUCGCAAGUUGAACCUGCAAUUAAAGGGCACGAAAAGGAACAACCUUUUAUAACAGUAACUCAAGCCUCACGAGCAUCAUCCAGUGUUCUAAAAGUGGUCCAAAAAGCUUGAUAAACUAGGGUUUUGUACUUCCAUGUAUCUUCCUGCAUCUCUAUAUAAACACAUUGCUGCUUGGUGCUCACCUGCAAGGAGACUCUGAAUGCUACCAGUAAAGACACUGAGAAAAUGCAUCUCUGAGAAGGUGUUGAUGUGCUGUAUUUUCCGAUGGAAAAAGCAUUGGUUGGCUAAGAUCAUGAAGAUUAAUCUCGGGACUGGUGCACCGAUGGAGAAGAGGCAAGUAAAGCAAGUUUUUAAUCUCCAGUUCUCAGCUCAAAAUUUUCUUUUCAUAAUUCUAUCAUCUUUGAAGACCAUUCAUGUCUCACAAUCUAUGUAUACACAAAUACUAGAAUGGUGGUCUAUAGAAAGCCUUGUCAGUUAUAACUUGUAUUUGUUUACCUGAGGCACAAAAAAAUUGCAAUGUAGUGACUUGCAUUUAGGGUGACCUUUGACAAAAUUGCACAUAAGCGAAUGGCCAUCACUUCUGCUAGUAAAUCCUUACAUCUAGAUGAUUAUUAUUUUUUUUUAUUUUUUAUAUCUUGAUAGUUUACGUGUUCAUAUUGGAGUGAGGAGUGCUGUGGAGAGAUUAAACAUUUAUAUUGAACUUCCUGAGAAGAUGGUGGUGCCAACACCCAGUCUUCUGAGGCUGACCUAAUGGUCUUGAGGUACUAUCAAAAACCUUGUAAUGGUGCCAGAUUAAAGUUGAGUUGUAUAUCAAAAGCUAUAUUUUUAUGCUUGCGGUUUUAUUUUUAGUUUGUAACUAACUAUAUCGGAGCACCAGAGCUUGGAUUACAGAAUAAGUGGUUAUUGGAGUUUCCUAACCAAUCUGCAGAUUAUACAAGAUCAUUGCAUUAAGAAAAGCAUGCAUACAGAUAAUUUAUCAUGACAAGCUGUGUGAAUGUCUUGGACCAAAAGCAGAGGUUUACAUACUCUCUAUUUUAGACAGACAACUCUGGUCAUAUGGAAAAUUAUUGGUUUAAAAUAAACUUCAAACUCCGAUUUAUCUGUCUGACCUGAGUUGCCUCAGAUUAAACUGUGCUGGUUUAGCUGAGCACGUCACUGUUGCUUUCCAGCUGGUCAGAACUUCAACAAAUAAAAGCAUUAUGUUCUCCCUCAGUGCUAAUUAGAUGAACUGGUGGUCAUUGAUUCAAAUUAAAAAUAAAUCCGGUACUUUCUAAAACAGUUUUAAUCAAUGUUUCUUGUAGAACAAAGCAGUUAGUGUAAAUUGUACACUCUGAAUUCCAUUUUGUGUUUUAAACAUGUCACAUGUAUAAUAUAGAAUUUAUAAAGUGCGGACAAAUAACCCAAUCAUGGGCACACUUGCUAUUUUUGACAAGUGGGUUGCGACUUAUUAUUUUUUUUUUCUUCUUUCCUCACUGGUGGUGUCUGGUGUUAAAAGGGCAUAAUCUUUCUUUCACUCAUGUAUGCCAGGCUGAAUGGCUUCCAGUUGCAAGGUGAUUUACAAAAGAGAGCAGGUUUAGUGCUAAUCAACCAGAUAAGGCAGGACCGCAAACUAAAAAAAGGAUCCCUCCAACCCUCUUUCAGGAUCAACAGAAAUAAACAAAGCGGUUGCGCUACAAGAAUACAAUAAAAUACUGUGUUCAGUAAUCAAAUGAAAAUGGUCCAGAGGAAAAAAGGAAUACUCAUUUUAAAUGCUCUAGAAGUUCUUGGGUAGAUUCUUCUACUGGAAAGUAGGUUCCGUGGUAAGAUAUGUAAAACAGAAAAGGAAAUGCAAUAGUGCAAUGAAUCGGUAUAAGCAUGGUGUGUAUAAUAAAACGGCAGUAUCUUACAUUUACUGGAGCUCUGACCAGCUUCGGUUGUAGUAGUGUACAAUGGUAUAACCACCACUUGCAGGAUAUAUUGAUGUGUCUGAAGGAGAGGUCAUUUUGUUGAACCCAAAAUGACGAAAAUAAAAAGCAGAUAAUUGUCCUCUUUAUUGCAACAGCGCACGAUCUGCAUUUUGCAUUGUAAUUUUGGGUUCAGCAAAACUACCUCUCCUUCGGACACUUAUCCACAUAUCCCUGAAGUGGGAUUAUACCACUGUAUGCUACUGGAGCUGGUCAUGGCUCCAUUAAAUACCGCUGUUUGGUUAUAUACACCAUGCUUGUAUUGAUUUAUUGGAUUACCACUUAUUUUUAUUUUCCACAUCUAGAAGGAUUUUACCAAGGAACCUGCUUUCCAGUAGAAUCUACCAUCUACCAAAGAACUUGCAUUGCGUUUAAAGGGGCAUUCCUUUUCAUUCUGGAUUAUUUAAUUAGAUUAAUGACUGUAUCUUAUUAUAUUCUUGUGGUGCAACCUGUCUUUGUUUAGGUAACAAUGUAGUAGGUUGCUAUAUUCAUAAACAAUGCUAUCCACAAACUGGUCUAAUUAAAUUCUGACACAUGGAAAACUAAUUCUAAUGCAUUGGUCAUAUCCAUUGGAUGCAGCUUGGCCUAUUUAUAACUUGUAUAUCGGUCUAAAGACAAUACUUCACAUGAGUGGUAUUACUUGUGUGUCUCUCUCUAGAAUGAACACAGUUUAAGUUGCUGAGGUUGCUUCAUUCUUCAACUGGACAGUCAUUCGCUGGAAACGUUAUGGUUUAUGCCUGUAGCAUACGAAGUAGCAUUUGGGGCUUCUGCCCACCUCCAGUGACAAGUGGAAGGAGGCUGCAUAAUAAAGCAUUACGACACAAGGGUUAAUGUGGCACUUUGCUUGCAAGGGCUUUAAAAAAAAAAAGUGUGUGUAUAUUUAUAUUCUCCCUAUGCCCCACCUGCCAUGUAGUAGUGUGGGUAUGUCUACUAAAUGUCUAAACAUAGACUGGGCUCAAGUACUCAUUAGGUGGUGGCUAAAUAAAAUGAAUGCAGGAGGGUGUAGUGUCCACUACUUGCUCCUGACCAUGGGGUACUUGGUGUAUAGCACUCACCACCAUUCUAUUUAUACAAAAAAAAUUGGACAUUCCACUGUUUGGUCUGGUAGAGGUUCUGGCAUUCUGACUCAAGCAAAUUGGCCUGAGCUAAUGGGUGACUGGGAGAAGUAGAUUCAGUUUUGGGGUUUUUUUUUUUUCUAAAGUUGGCAUUGGUUAUGCUGUAACGCAAUACAAUUAACCUGUGAACUGGUGUAUUACAGUUAACUUCUGUGUACAAAUGCUUCAUGGGGGUGGUAAUUUUUGGGUUACACAGUAACUUUAUGUAAUGCACACUGAUAUCCAUUGACCUGUAACUAACUCACAACACAACUUCUCAUUACUUUUAUUGUUUUCCAGAGCAUAGUAACUGUCUUGUAAUAAGUGAUUGUGACCCUAAAGUCUAACAUUAACUUGCCAGCCAAGAAAAUAUUGCAGGGGUUAUGUUAUGGAGCACAUAGCAGGAAUUAGAAUUUUAUGGUGAUCUGUGUAUGGGUUUAUUUAAAUUAAGUGUAUACAGUAAAAUGUGACCGUGAUCGUGCCAGUUUUGUAACAAACCUAUUUAGAUUGUCGGGAGAAAAUAAAAUCUGACCCAUGGGAGAACCUUCCUUCCCCUUCUCUGCAGCUAGGGAUUUAGACUGAUCUGUGUUAGCAGAGAUUUUUUGGGGGGGUUUUUUGUUUUUUCAUACUUCUGUCGCAGAAAAAUGUAUAAUUUGAGGGUGGGUAAUUGUCAUGAUUGAGGAGGUAGUGAAAUUGGAAGCAAUUACAGUUAUUUUGUAAGAGACAAUGUGCAAGUACAACCCCACAUAAUACUUCUGCUCCUGUUCUGUCAAUAGAAAGAAAGCAGCAUAGAGCAUGUGUUCUAUUUCCUGUGACAAGCUUAAACCACUGGUGCGGAGAGCAUAUCUAAAUUGGCUAUUUUAUUUAUGAUGGCUAAUUGUUUCUAGUGGGUUGUAGUGGAUACAUUUAUUUUAUUUUUUUUGGUAAAUCUUUUUAAAUGUCAAAUGACUGCUCAUUAAUAAGGCAUAUCCAUUCUCCUAGGUCCAAUAAGCAGUGUCUUGGUAAACCGGUACGGAAGUCGUCCUAUUAUGAUAGGUGGUGGCUGUUUAGCUGGAACUGGAUUAAUUGCAGCCUCAUUCUGCAAUACUGUGACAGAGCUAUACUUCUGCAUUGGUGUCAUUGGAGGUAAGUAAUAUUUUAAAUGAAUAUUGAACUCUUAAAAUCAUAUAAAACAAAGUAUGAACAUGUUUGAACUAGUUGAAGAAAUUACGUUUUUUUUUUUCCUUUCCUAAAAUUUUAAAUGCUGAGAGUAAAGUGUUUAGUGUAAUUUUAUACUUAAAACCUCUACAACAUGUAAAAUCCUGCUUUGAAUUUUGCAAAACUGGUUCUUAAGCUUCCAUUCCUGCUUUUUACGCUCCCCAGAGUACCCUCUUCUGCAGGGUAUGACACUAGGUCGUGUCGCCAGAAUAGAUUUGUGCUGACAGCAAUACAACAGGAGGCUGGGCCAGCAUCCAUUUUUACCUUGUAUACACUUGUCCAUGCAAUUUAAUGGAUUCUAAACUGACAUGUUCAUCUUCACUGUUUGUGAGCUGUCUUAAUAGCAGAACUGAAUUUAAAACUUCAAAACCCCAAUAUUCUGAGCACUGUAAUUUAACCUAAAACAUCUCUUAAUUUCUAAAAAUAUAUAUUUAAAAUAUCCUAAUUAAAAUAUUUCUAAAUGUUCACUUUGUGAUAUAGAAUAUUCUAGAUUUAUAUAUAUUUUUUUUUCCCAUUUAUAUUUUAACAGGCUUUGGUCUUGCUUUCAACUUAAAUCCAGCCUUAACCAUGAUUGGAAAAUAUUUCUUUAAAAAGAGGCCUAUUGCAAACGGAUUGGCUAUGGCAGGAAGCCCUGUGUUUUUGUCCACUUUGGCUCCAUUGAAUCAGUACUUCUACAGCAUAUUUGGCUGGAGAGGGAGCUUCUUGAUACUUGGUGGACUUCUAUUGAACUGUUGUGUUGCUGGCUCCUUGAUGCGCCCCAUUGGUCCAAAACCAGACUCUAACAAGAAAGUGACUAAAGAGGUAUUGGAAGAAGCUGGAAAAUGUACCUCAAAAGAAGAUGGGGAUGCAAACAAAGACCUUAUUGAUGGCAAGGCAAAAACUAAGCCAAAAUUUUUUCAGACAAUCAACAAAUUCUUAGAUUUUUCACUCUUCACGCAUAGAGGCUUCUUGAUCUACUUAUCUGGACACAUGAUAAUGUUCUUUGGACUUUUUGCUCCCUUGGUUUUUCUCAGCAACUAUGCAAAGAGCAAAGGAAUUUCAAAUGAGUCGGCUGCAUUCUUGCUCUCUAUACUUGCGUUUGUUGACAUGGUUGCAAGACCAUCUAUGGGUCUUGUAGCAAACACAAAAUUGGUCAGGCCAAAGAUUCAGUAUUUUUUUGCUGUAGCAGUGUGUAUCAAUGGAGUGUGCCAUCUGUGUGCUCCACUGAACACUUCUUAUGUUGGUUUUUCAAUCUAUGCUGGUUUCUUUGGCUUUGCAUUUGGUUGGUUAAGCUCGGUGCUGUUUGAAACCUUGAUGGACUUGGUCGGAGCACAGAGGUUCUCCAGUGCUGUUGGAUUGGUGACCAUUGUGGAAUGCUGUCCUGUACUUCUAGGACCACCUCUUUUAGGUAAAACAGACACUUUCUUCUCGUCCCCAAGCUAUUGCUUUCUUUAUAGAAUUACUCCCAGCCUAAUAUUUAUUGUGUAAAAUCAAGCAAGGUUUUAAACUGCAGUAAUUCUAGAUGUUUCUAUCCACGUCACAUAAGUGUAAAGUGGCAUACUUCUUUAUCACUGACCUUAUUUAGUUGAAUUUUAAGGCUACACUGCUAGUUAAUGUUUGAAUCUUGUCAAUAUUUUGUAGAUUACACGUGUCUUGAAAUCUGACACAUCAAUGUUGACACUGAUAAUAGGGAGUCCCCAAUAUGUGUAAAUAUUUAAAGAUCUUCUGAUUUUAACGAAACGAAAACAUGAGUCGCAGUCUUAAAGCUAAUCUUUCUUUCUGCACUUUGUAGGUAAAUUAAAUGACAUACAUGGAGACUACAAGUACACCUAUCAAGCUUGUGGAGUUAUACUGAUUGUUGCCUCAGUCUACCUCAUCAUUGGAAUGACCAUUCACUACUGGCUAUUGGCACGUGAGAAGAAGGCAGAAGAGAAGAAAAGCCAAGAAGUAAAUGCUGCUUUGCCUGAGCAGAAAGUGAAUAAUGACCUUUCUGUCCUUCCACAGAAUUCUGAUGAUGUCGUGAAAGAAGAUGAAAGUAAUAUUUGAGACUGUUUUGAUCUAUUUUUAUUUUUUAAACUAGAACUCUGUGAAUACAUUCAACAGAUGACACUUAUGUCACACAGUCCCUGUAAAGGGUGUAAUUUUAUUUUUUAACUCCUGAAUUAUUUUAAAUAGUUAAGAUUUCAUAAGAUGCUAAAUGUUGCAGGUUUUUUUUUGGUUAGGAAUUUUAAUAUGUGCCUUACACAUGCUGCCUAGGUAGAAUUUAAAAAAUUUUUUUUUUUUUUUUUUGGUGACUUUUGCUUUAAACCCUGCCUAAAAAAAAGUUCCUAAUGGCCUUUGCUACCCUUUGGAGCUGUAUUUGUUAUGAAAGGAAUAAGCAAGCAAAAUAUUAACCAGCCCUUUAAAAAAAAACAAUUGGGUUGUCUUCCAAAACUUUUAACGGAUGAGCAUCCGCUGCUGUUACAGAACAUUGUACCAGGAAUAAUGUGCUCCAUUCCCUGCAGUAGUCAAUGCUCUGGUCUUGAGUCUACAUGGGUGGGGAAGAUUCUAGAAUGUCAAACGAUUCUCAAGGCAAAUGCUUUCUGUAGUAUCAAUGCGGUAUGUGAGGUAAUUUAAUUGUGGAGAUGUGGUUUGCAAAUGUGAACUUCUAAGAUUCAGUCCUCCUUUGCUUGGAAAGACUUAGUUUUCUAGUGAUGUGGAAUUUUUUAUUUUUUUUUAAUAUCCACUGAGCUUUAGUAGGUUUUUGGUUUUUUUUUUUGUUUUUUGUUUUUCUGGUCAAUUCAGACUGAAAGCUACUUUGUAUGUGCAAUAUGGUAUGUGAGGCUAGUAUUUUAUUAAUAUUGAAAUCUACACUUUUUAAAAAAAAUUGUAAAUAUUUUUUCCAACUUCAAAAUAGGUUUGAUGCUGUGCAGUGUAUCAUUUCAAACUCCUCCUAGAUUUUGGACUGAACAAAACUCUCUAAGUCUUUGGUUUAGUGACCUAAGAGUGAAACUGGAUUGUAGCAAAUUUUAAGUUUAAAAUAGAAAUGUUUGUGGUGUUAAAUAAGGUUUGCCUUGCUAAUGUUGUAGAUACAUGAACAAAAUGACUUCUAAAGCAUCAGUAGUAUAGAUUCAGUAAAAGUUUUAAGAAAAAUAAAUGACACCGAUUGGAAGCUUGGCUCCCCUUUUGGAUCCUUAGAGGAAAUUUAAUAAAUGUCAAAAUCCCUUUUACCCAUGACCAAUACUUUACACUUUAACAACUGAGAAAAUUGACAAUUCAAACACUUUUAGUUUGUAAAUUGUAAUGUGGUAUAAAGUGUUUGAUGAAAAACAACAAAGACAAAAUCCAUCAGAUGUGUGACCUGUAUAUAAGAAGCUGCAAUAUUUGGCUUUCCUAAAAUUUUAAUCUGUUUUCAAUUAAAAUUGGGAAGCCAUUUUGCUUUGCAUCUGACUUCCAGCUAAACUUAACAAAUGUGGUCUUGAAACAAAUUAAAUAGCCAAUGUAUUUAAUGCUGAUGGAAGCUUUAAAAUGAACAUAGGUUUUUUUUUUUAAUCUGGUCUCUAUUUAAUAUGCUUUCUAAAUGAUUAGGAAAACUUCCCAAAUGAUCGGUCUGCAGAAAUCACAAUGCCUACUGGAAUUAUUGUAGAUAAGAUUUUGAUACUAAAUUUUAACAAUAUUGAAUCAUUUUGAAAGCUUCUUAAAUUGAGGUAUUGAGUUGGGUUUUUUUUUUUUUAUAUAUAAAUGUUAUUUUGACUUUUGCACCAAGGCAAACUGUCUGGACGUAUGUGGAUGCAACAGCAAGUCACUUGAAAAAUGUCAUAACCAGAAGUCCUCGUUGGCAAUGUUCUAAGCCAUACGUUGUUAGAAAUUGAUCAGAGCCUUAUGUUCAAGUAAGCAAACUACCUCAGUUAUGAAGAGCCAUCUCUAAUCUUUGACCUACACUUUUUAAUUUAUUUUAUUUUGUCCAGAACACUUAGGCCAAUAGUACAUGGUUACUGGGGCCUGGUGAAUGAACAAGGCCAAACAUUGCAUGUAGUUAUGACUUGUGACUUUAACCAACUAUUACAAUCCAUCAUUCAGUAUAAAUUAGACUUAAACGGCAUACCAUCAAAUGGCUAUGUACAACUGGAAUGCCUAAGUGCCCUAGUUAAAGUUAAUUUGUUGCCACUCCCUCCUAAACAUUCCAGUUAGAGCCAGGUAAUAACUUAAAAUUCCAGAAGCCUUGUGUGUUAUGUGCACCUGCUGUUUGCAUUGGCUCCUUUUUAACAGAUGGAAAAGUUAUCUGAUGCACAUUUAUCAUUUGGUGUCCAAAUCAAGAGCCGGCUAAAAUUGAAAAUUUUGAUCAAGAGUUUCUAAUACUUUGUCAGAGGUCUUCAGCUCUGAGCCAUGUGCUGCAAGCCUUGAAUGGCAAAAUUGGUCUAAAUGUUUCAGUUUAUUGGUCUGCCUGUUUAAGGACCAAACUUCUGGAAUAAAAGGGAAUCAUGAUAUGUCACACAUCCUUAAGGGGUUAAAAAAAAAAAUAUAUAUAUAUAUAUAUAUAUAUAUAUAUAUAUAUAUAUAUAUUUUUAACCCCUUAAGGAUAUAUAAUUUUUUUUUUUUUUUUGGCUGCCUUUUCCACCUAUCCCUGAUAUAAUUCCAUAAGUGAGCCUAGAGCAAGCACUUGGGUGCUCAUGUGUAGAGAAGUCUAAGUAUUACUUUUUGUUGAGAGAAAUGGUCAGAUGAGAAUCUUAGAGGAACCCCUUUUUGCACAUGAAGGUUUGAUUUUUAUUUUAUCUUUACUGGCUGUUGCUGAUUUUUAAAUGUUGGAAACUUUUUAGUCUUGUUUUGGUGAAAUCAAAUAAAAUAACCUGUUUUUACAAAUGACUUGUCUGACUUUGAUUCUGCAAAUCUACAUGAGACAUCUUUAAAAUUCAGUUAAAGUUGAUGCUUGCAUGCUUAAAGUGUAUAUGUGUGUGUGUGUAUGUGUGUGUGUGUGUGUGUAUAAAAAUCAGUUUAAGAAUAUACUGUAAUGUCCAUCUCUAUGGUUUUCUAUUUCACCCACACCUAACUCCAUCCUGCUCAUAUCUUGACAUCUGGUGGAUCAAGAAUAAAGACUAUUAGUGGGAUACUCCAUACACUUCACCAGUAAGGAAUCCUGCAUCACUGAUUGUCACGAUGAAUAUGCAUCUUAAAACCUCCAAAUAAUGGCAAGGAAUCAUUUUGAGCAAUAACAGAACACUAUGCACCACUGUGCCUUGUGUUGGUUAUGGUUCAAGGAGCUACCUGACCACUGUCAAUGGAUAAGCUUCUGCUUUAUUUAAUCAGGGUAGACUACAAACGGUGAGAGCUACAUGGGACUUCUGCGAUAUAACUAAACAGUGUUGUAGUGGUUAUGUUGCAUACAUAUUACUUUAAAUAGUGUACCUUUUUUGCUUCAAAUAAAAACCAGUUAAUACAAUUGUAUGAUACUAAGUGGUUCUCACUUUUGGCAUCUUUGCAUAUUUUGUUACAGAUAGUUCAAUCUGUAAGUUUGCUCAUAUAAAAUUUAAAACUCUAUCUGCCACACAGUACUAGGAUUCCAUCUGUUGUGAUGAGGUUUGCCCAGGCUUUGUCAGCCUAGGUAGGUAAUAUAGAAGUCCAUUUCUAAUACAAACGCUGAUCUUCACUGACGGACUAACCGGACUGUAGGCCUCACUGUAAGUAUAACAAUCAUUGCCUGGGCUCUGGAACUAGACCAUUUUUUUUUUGUCAGAUCUCUUGACACACAGCAGCAAGGAUUUUGAACAAAUUAUUAGGAGAUUGCAUCUUUAACAGGUUAGAACAAUGACUGUUCAUCAGUUAUGCAUUUUGUUUUGGGGAUGGGGGCGCUGCUAUGUAAAGUAGCCAAAAUAAAAAAAUUCUCCUUCCCAACUUUACUCAGCGCUAAAGUAAUAACACUUUAUGUUGUAGAAAAUGAAGUUGUUUUGAUGUGUAAACUAAAUGCUACCCAUCUUGCACACAUUCCCACACUUUCAGGAACAUAUUGCAAUAAAACCGGUCUUUGAAUAUUUUUAAACAGUAAAACGACUGCCUCUUUGUUUAAAAUGUAUUUAUACAACUGCUCUACUUUAGGAAAGAGACACCUAACAAAGGUAUUUCAGCCCAUUCUGUCUGGCAUACCUGAAUUAAUUAAAAAGGGGGGGGGGGAAUGUGAAGAUGCUGUGGAAAAUUUAAUAAACUUUUUAUCUUAAUUGUCCACAAAAGAAACAUUUGAGGACGGUGAUGGCAAAUCUUGAAACGGAGUGCUAAAACUGCACCUGGAAAUGUGUGAAGGUGGUUGAGAGAGUGUAGGAAAAAAAUCUUUUAUUUAUAACUUACCCACAAUAACUUGACAUAAGACUGAAAUAAUGACAAACAUGCCACAGGUUUAUUUUAAACCAUACCUUUUUAUUAACAUGACAUUAAUUUACUGCAAUUUCCAUUACCAAAUCCUUGCCAACCAUUUAAAUAACCUGGAUGCUUGCCUCACCCCCCCCCCCAUCCCCUUCAUCCAUAGACCACCAUUGGCCUUCCAAUACCAUCCAUGCUAACCACUGGCUUUGGCUCAGUGGGCACGUCCAUCAUAAUGUAAUCCCGAGGCUAGGGAAGGGAUCAGCACUGGACCAUUUCCACUGGAUCGUUGGUUCAACCCUGACUGGCAAGGAACUUCAUGUCCCUGUUCCCAGCUAGCCCUUUGGUCGGCCUCCUCAGGGUCUAACUAUUUAAUUUCAAAGUGCCAACACUGUAAACAAGAAAACUGAAGUCAAACAUUGUAUGCUUUGUAAGCAGAGUGUUUAUUUAAACUCAAUUGCAUUAGUGAAAUACAAUAUGAAAAUAGCAUUCAACCUGCAAAAAAAGUAAGCUGGAGAGGAUACAAACUAUCUCCCUUGAUAGUCCAGUAGGGACUAAUAAAUGCCUAGUAGUCCAAAGGCAGUAAAUGAUUGCCUUGUGUUCAACUGGAGUUAAUAAGAAGUCCUACCGCGUAGUUCAGUGAUCUCAACCUGGUGCAGACAAAAUCUUUCCAUAUGGUGUGGCACAUAAAAGUACCAAAAGGUGAAGAUAUGUCAGACACAGCCUCUCUCCCUUCAUUCUUACAAGACAGGCAUAGUAAAAGAAUGAAAAUUCCUCUGACAAAUGUCAGACCAUGUAGGUCUGAACUGAAACGCGUGUUGGAUUGUUAGUUAUGGGUGGUUUUUUUUGGGCACUUCACCUCACGCUUUAUUUCACUAUCUUGACAUGUUGAUGUAAGUGUCUUACUUUAUUUUCAUUCUUCUCCUAUACCUGUCUAAGAAGAUUUGAAGGAAGAGAGGCUGUAUCUGACAUAUCUUAAGGGACUUUUAUUUUUAUAGCUUGAUUACAAGCCCUCAUUAUUACUACCCUCUCUACCUUCCUGGGGCAUAAUCAAUACUUUUAUAUUAUUAGCAGUAUGUGGAUUGGCCACUUGCAGUAAAGCCUGUUUUUAUAUAUAAAUUGUUCCAUAAGUGCCCACUGGUUUUGUCCCCUGCUAUCCCUAUUCUAUUUGAUAGCUAUAUCAGGGUCUAGGAGAAGGCUUAUAAGGCUGGUGUUAAUAUACAAUCAUAUGAGGGUCUCUGUGAUUUUUCAUUUUCUACAUUUUGACUAGAUCCAUUUGUAACAUUUAUUUGAUGCAGUUAUUUCCAGGUAGUGCACUAUUUUCACUGUGGUGAAUAGUGCACUUUUUUCUUUUGACUCUCCAGAUAUGCCUAAACCUAUUGUCUGGGAAGCAGUUAAAUGCUUAAUUUGUGGUCACUAUAUUAAAUUUGGUGUAGCCUGCAUUAUUAGAUCAGUGUUUUAGGGAACACACAAAGUUCCACCGAUACAGUGCUUAGGAAAGUAGUCUUAGUUAAAAGAUGGUUGAAUGAACUAAUCUCUCCAAAAACCCCUCACCUUUCAAAAGAUUUUAUUUUGUGUACCCUAACACAUGCAACCAUUUACUAGCAUGAAUGUUGCAGAAAAAACAUGCCCAAUGCCAGAUCCAAGGUAUACGCUCUUCACCAGAACGCAUUCACUUAAUUUCCCAAGGCUAUCUCUGCAGUGUUUUACACAUACUACAGCAAAUUAUACAAUUGUUCCCCAGGGGUGAAUACGUGAAACCCACAGGGAGCGACCAAUAAACUGAGAAGCUUUCUGGAUGAGUAUGUGUAACGAACUCCCUGUACCUAGAGUGGUAUGUCUGAAAUUUCCUGAAUUCAUGCAAGGUUUGUGUGAAAGUCGUGCUCUCUCUAUUGCAUACCCAAACAUCAGUCGAGACUUGAUGAAGGGUACACAAGAAUUUUUUUUUUAUGGCCAAGUUGCCAGCUUAUACAGUGAGGGAAAAAAGUAUUUCAUCCCCUGCUGAACGUUUGCCUACUGACAAAGAAAUGAUCAGUCUAUAAUUUUAAUGGUAAGUGUAUUUUAACAGUGAGAGACAUAAUAACAAAAAGAAAUAUCCAGAGAAUGCAUGCCAAAAAAGUUAGAUUGAUUUGCAUGUCAGUGAGGGAAAUAAGUAUUCGAUCCCCUAUCAAUCAGCAAGAUUUCAGUUGGUGUGAUGAUUCGCAAUUGGAAGAAACACAAAAUAACUGUCAGUCUCCCUUGGCCUGGUGCUCCAUGCAAGAUCUCACCUCGUGGAGUUUCAAUGAUCAUGAGAACGGUGAGGAAUCAGCCCAGAACUACACGGGAGGCUCUUGUUAAUGAUCUCAAGGCAGCUUGGACCAUAGUCAACAAGAAAAAAAUUGGUAACACACGUGAGGGACUGAAAUCCUGGAGAGCCUGCAAGCUUCCCCUGCUCAAGAAAGUACAUGUACAGGCCGUCUGAAGUUUGCCAAUUAACAUCUGAAUGAUUCAGAGGAGAAUUGGGUGAAAGUGUUGUGGUCAGAUGAGACCAAAAUCGAGCUCUUUGGCAUUAACUCAACUCACCAUAUUUGGAGGAGGAAGAAUGCUGCCUAUGAUCCCCAAGAACACCAUCCCCACCGUCAAAUAUGGAUGUGGAAACAUUAUGCUUUGAGGGUGUUUUUCUGCUAAGGGACAGGACAACUACACUGCAUCAAAAGGAUGAUGGACGGGGCCAUGUACCAUCAAAUCUUGCGUGAGAACAUUCUUCCCUCAGCCAGGGCAUUGAAAAUGAGUAAUGGAUGGGUAUUCCAGCAUGACACUGACACAAAACACACAGCCAAGGCAACAAAGGAGUGGCUCAAGAAGAAGCACAUUAGGGUCCUGGACUGGCCUAGCCAGUCUCCAGACCAUAAUACCAUAGAAAAUCUGUGGAGGUUGCUGAAGGUUCAAAUUGCCAAACGUCCGCCUUGAAACCUUAAUGGCUUGGAGAGCAUCUGCAAAGAAUAGUGGGAAAAAAAUCGCUCCUGAGAUGUGUGCAAACCUGGUGGCCAACUACAAGAAAUGUCUGACCUCUGUGAUUGCCAACAAGGGUUUUGCCACCAAGUAAGAAGUCAAAGGGGUCAAAUACUUAUUUCACUCACUGACAUGCAAAUCAAUUUAUAACUUUUUUGACAUGCGUUUUUCUGGAUUUUUUGUUGUUGUUAUUCUGUCUCUCACUGUUAAAAUACACCUACCAUUACACUUAUAGACUGAUUGUUUCUUUGUCAGUGGGCAAAUGUUCAAAAUCAAAUGAUUUUUUCCCUCACUGUAUACACAGACCAACCACAUGGGGUCUUCAGCAAAAAUAUAGGUAAGCCCGCAUAGGUGUCUCUAUGUCUGGGAGAUAAGUGAGUUUGCGUUUACUUAAAGGGAUUCUCCAGUGCCAGGAAAACAUUUGUUUUCCUGGCACUGCAGGCCCUGUAGUGCCCCUCUCCCGCCCACCCCCCAUCCCAAGUUGCUGAAGGGGUUAAAACUUACCAGAGUCCAGCGUCGAUGUCCCUCAGUGCUGGUCAGGCUCCGCCUACUCUCCUCUCCUGCCGACGUCAGCCGGCGGGUGAGACCCAAUGCGCAUGUACGCAUUAGACCUCCCCAUAGGAAAGCAUUAUUCAAUUCUUUCCUAUGGGGAUUUCGUGGACGCUGGACGUCCAGCGUUGCUUAAAACACUUUUCGUGUUUUAAGAAGACGGAGUUAACCCUGCAAGGUAAAUUGAAAACUGCAAUAAUUACACUUGCAGGGUUAAGGGUAGUGGGAGUUGGCACCCAGACCACUUAAAUGGACAGAAGUGGUCUGGGUGCCUGGGGUAUCCCUUUAAACUAAUUAUCUCCCAGGCACUCGAGGUACAGUACAAGUAAAGUUUUGACUGACCGCAUACGUGGCUGCUGCCCAAACUAGUUCCAGAGGAAAAGAGGUAGCGGCUGGUCAACUUUUGGUAGUUCCUAUAUGAAUAUAAAUGAAGGCUCCCCCUAGUUCGUAUGGAGCGAAUGGUCUCCCCGUUUGGGGUGUCUUUUCCUCAAAAAACGCUCUUCUGGCUUGUCUGGGAAUGGAGCAGGCAACAGUUGAAUUUUCCAGGGGUUCAUGAGGCAAAGCAUCCAAAAUAGAGUUCUACGCACUCGACAAUCAAGUACCGCUGCCUGCGUUUUGGAGACAAAAUGGCCACCAUUUACUAGAACACCCAGAGAGCGCACUUAAGUUUGUGGUUUCUUUGAAGUUAAUAAGCCUGUCAGGUGUUCAGUAGUUUAGAAGUAUUGAAUUAAGGGGAAACAAAUUGGGUUCAGGAAAAAACUGGAAAGUUCAAAAGGGCAGAUUUUCACAGUAUGUUUCCGGCAAACUCUCCGUUGAGGAAGUGGGAUUCUUGGAGGAGGAAUUGGAAGCGCUCCCAGACGAGGAAAGCACCGGACCCGGAUCGGUUGACUUUCAAUACUAUAGACCUUUCCAAGAGGAAUUACUACAUGUCGGUAAGCAGUAGGGCCAGGCCUGUUGUUGUGUUUUUAUUUUUUAAAAUCUUUUUUUUUUAAUAUGUUUUUUGGUUUUUUUUCUGCUUAAAAUAAAUAGUUUUAUAUUUACCUGGAUUCCUGACUUCUUCAGUUCCUGGAGACAGCAUCCAGUAGGAGGGAGAAAGGUCUUUUGGGCCCACAUCAUCACCAGGGGAGGCACCAUCAAGGUGAUUAUGUACCUCAGAUUUUGUGAGUGCUACUAAGCAUUGUGUGACUUUUCAAAUGUUGUUACUUGUGCAGCUGCAUCCCUAUUUCCCCGAACAUAGACAUACGCACAAGAGCAGGGAAUCCCUCUAAUCUAUGCUUGUGGAAAUUUCCACCUGUAUAUACACUGGUUUAUGAAAAUACAAUAUAUCUAAGAGACUGUACAAAGGCAUAUAGGCAGAAAUUGAACUAUUGCAUCACUGAUGUAUCUCACACAGUGAAUUGAUUUUUGUUGUAAAUAAAGUCCUCUAUGCUUUAACUACGCGAUCUUGUCAUCCAGACUGAACUAGGUAUUGUGCAGCUGUGGUAGAGUUAACGCCUCGCUAGAGCCUUAAACAUUAACCUUAUUUACAUCUAGGAGGUGGGGGAGGAGGCAUAAAUGUGGUCUGUGGACCAUCCGAGCUGGGAGGGCAUUGUGUAAUGAAUGAUCACUAUAUAUGUCAUCAUAGCAAGGAAGCAUAACGGUUAAACAUAAACAAGACAAAUUAAAUAAACUAGACAAACUAUCGGCAUAGAUUGUUCAGGUGGUAAUCAUUGCAUAAGUGGCCUGUGCAUUUUGCCUUGGAAUGAACUCCGUCACCAUCUCUGGGUUCCAUCUCAGGGCGGCCCAAGCCGUUGUUUGGUUUGUGCCAUUGAGUUCUCAGAAAGUCCAAGGGUAGGCAGCAGAGAUAUUGCCCCCAUUAGAUCUGUGACAGUGUGCUUGUCUUCGCCUUUAGUAACUUGAAGUGUGUGCGCCAGUCGCCAUCUUUUUGGAUACUGUGUUUCCAGAGGAGAGCGGUAAAUGGUUGGAGAGAACGUCGGCAUUAGGGAUGGGCAUGGGCAAAAAAUUUCGUUUGGUACAGAAAUUCAG